AUGAUACUGGAAAUGCGAUGGGCAUUGUAUUUAUAUAACGUCAUAAUAUCUCCCAGAGUUAUAAAGCGUGUAUCAACAACUGCCCACAGGAGACCUGGUCGGUGUGGUGGCUCCCCCAGAUACCUCCAAGUAACGGCGGUGCCCCUUGGGGCCCUCAAAGGGGCUGCAGCGCCCCUUGGGACCAUUUUAGGGGCGGCGGCACCCCCAGGUUGCCUCCAAUGCGCGACAGCACCCAGGGGCCAUCCCAGGGACAGUGGCACCCCUAUGGAAAUUCCCAGAGGAUCUCCCAAAGACAGCAUCGCCCCCAGGGUCCCUCCCAGAAGCGGCAGCGCUCCUAGGAGCCCUCCCAGGGAUAGCGGCGUCACCUACUGUCCCUCCCAGGGGCGGCGGAGUCCGCAGGGGCCCUACAAGGGUCGCCUCCUUCCAGGAACCCUAAAGCUUGCUUGGUCUUGGUGUCGAGACCUGCUAAGGGCGGCAGCGCCCCCAGGGGACUUCACAGGUGCGGUUGCACUCUCAGGGACAUUCUCAGGUGCACCAGCGCCCCUAGGGGUCCUCCCAGGACCUGCGGUACCCGUAGGUGCCUUCAAGGGGUGGCAGCGCCUCCAGGGGACCUCCCAGGAGCGGUGGUGCCUCCAGGAGACCUGCAAGGGGCUUAACGCCCCAGAGAUAUCACCGGUCUUGGCUGCGCUCUCCAGGGGCAUUCUGAGGGUUGGCAGUGCCCUCAGAGAAUCCCCUCCCAGGGCCAGCGGUUCCCCUAGGUGCAUUCCACGGGGCGGCAGCACCUCCAGGAGCCCUCCCAGGAGCGGUGGUGCCUCCAGGGAAAUACUCUGGGUCGGCGUUGCCUCCGGGGGAUCUCCUGAAGGCAGCAGCUCCCCCAGGAACCUCUCAGGGGUGGCUGUACCCUCAGGGUCCCACCCAAGGGUGGCAGACCUCCCAGGAGCCCUACGAGAGACCUGCUACGUGCGGCAGCACCCAGGAGACCUCACAGGUGCAGCUGCGCUCUCGGGAACAUUUUCAGGUGCGGCAGCGCCCCCAGGGGUCCUCCCAGGGCCGACGGUACCCCUAGGUGCCUUUAAAUGGGCGGCAGCACCUCCAGGAGCCCUCCCAGGAGCGGUGGUGCCUCCAGGGAAAUUCUCUGGGUCGGCGCCGCCUCCGGGGGAUCUCCUGAAGGCAGAGGCUUCCACAGUGUGGUGGCCUCCCCAUGGACCUCCGAAGAGUGGCGGUGCCCCUAGGGGCCCACAAAGGAGCUGGGGCUCCCCUAGGGAUCAUUUGAAGGACGACAGUACCCCAAGUGGCCUCCAAUGCGCAACAGCACCCAAGGGGCCUACCAGGGGCGGUGGCACCCCCAGGAAAAUUCCCUGGGGAUCUCCCAAGGACAGCAUCGACCUCAGGGAGAUCUACGGGCGGCAGUGCCCCCAGGGCCUCAGACUCAGGUGCGGCAGCACCCUCAGGGGUUCCAGGCCUCUGGGUGCCUUCCAAAGGGGUGGCCGCCUCGGGUCCCUCCCAGGAGCGCGUGCCCUGGUGCCUUCCAAGCGGCAGCACCUCCAGGGCCCUCCCAGCGGUGGUGCCUACCAGAAAUUCUCUGGGUCGGCGCCGCCUCCGGGGAUCUCUAAGGCAGCGCUUCCCCAGGUGGCCUCCCAGGGUGGUCGUACUGAUGUUCCUCCCAAGGGCGGCGGGCCCCAGGAGCCACAAGGAGACCUGGUUGGUGCGGUGGCUCCCCAGAGACCUUCAAGUAACGGCGGUGCCUUAGGGCCCCCAGAAGGGGCCGCAGCACCCUAG